AUGAACGAAGAGGUGGUGAAAGUUAUCGUCCUGCCGAAAGAAACGGUCGUUCCCCUUCUCGGGGGUAUGAAAUUCGUAACCGACGUUCGCCACCACGAACCCGAAGCCCUCCUCGACCACGAGCGGACACUUGGGUACCGUCAUCAAAUAGAGGGUAUGGACGCCUACGAAGUCGCUCACCGCCACCAUACCGGCGCCGCUCACGUACUCCUCCCGGGAGAAACUUUGGACCACCUCCCUAUGAAAGACGACGAUCCCCACCAAGAAGGUUCUCGCCCAGAAGAGAUGAAAGGGUUAGAUCACCGCCCCAAAAAUGGCGCUCGAAAUCGCCCUACAGCGAUGGCAGAUCACGCAACGCAUCCCGCGCUCGCAACAGCCCAAGACGAAUACGUGACACAACUCCUAGCAGUCAAAGCUUCUUCGCCGAGGGUACAGCCUGAAGCCUUGUUGCCACAAAGUCCAAUCCAUGCCUCGCAUCGAGACCACCCCCGUGAUGCAGUGAAACGAGAUCGGACUUUGUCGCCCACAAGACAUGUUUCACCUGCACCAUCCCCGCCUGUCCUAAUAUCUCGACGUUCCUCGCCAGCCAUAGAAAAGCCCGUGGUAGCUUCCCACAGAGCUCGUACUCGGUCGCCGAUUCGCUCUCCGGUGCCCUUCCAACGGUCAUCGAACCCCUCAGGUCGAUCUCCGUACCGGGAUCAGAUCUACGAUACGGAGCCCUCUUACCCACAACAACGGCCAGAUCUUGAGGAUCGAGUAUCGAUUGGCAAUCGUUCGCCUUUUUCGAUCCCAGAGAAAACACAUUUGGAAUCCCAGGCGAGCGGGACCAGGGUUGGUGGCAACAUCCCUACCCAACCGAAAAACCACGGCGCGAGCCCACUUCCGCUACCACCAUCUGGACCUUACCAGGGACCGAGGCCGCCAUCUAAUCAGCAUCGUGGUCCUCCGCAUGUCUCUUUACUGUCAGCCCCGACUCGUCCUCGCCGCGGACCUGGCCCACGUGAUGCUUGGGCGGGAUCUCCGCCGGUACGCCGUGGAACUAUUGCACCUUCGCAAGCCCCACCAGCAGGUCCUCGCGCUUCUUUUUCAUCCCCGGUGCCAGGUGGCAGUUACCGGCACCCAACUGCUCGGCAACCCAGCAUUCCAUCUGUAACUCAACCAUUGACUCAGAGGGGGGUCAACCAUCUUGCAGGCCUGUGUACUAUCAUACCGGAAGGUCGAAUUCUUCCGUCGCUUCUAGACCCUGCUGUGGAGAAGCGGUUGGCUCAGCUUGAUGUCGACAAAGAAAAACUUCUUGAGCAGAUCGCAGAGACGCAGAGGUCCAAGCGAGCGGAACUUCGAGACUGGGAUCGACUCGAUCGCGAAAGCUCAAUCUGCGCCCUUAAGAGCGAGCUAGCUGAGGGCCAUCUCCAGCGAAUGGCCGACGAGAGCAUUGGGGGCGGGAACUUGUUCUAG